AUGCCCCCGGCGCGCAUACCCACGCUGAGGUACAGAAACCCGUUGCCGUCCGCCAGCCUUCCAGAGUCUUUCCAUGGCUCUGGGCCCCACCCUGCCUAUUCUACUCAAGAGCCGUCCGUCGCCCCGGAUCCAAACUUCAACCUGCCAUCUGCAUCCACUCUCGCUCACUCUCCCUCCCAGCUCGCCCCCGUGACGUCAUCCAGUCUGGCUUCCCUACACUCGAGCACCUCUUCUGGAAAUGACUCCAAGUCAUCAUCCAAAAAGAAGAAGAAGACCAGCUCCGUGCUCGGCUUCCUUUCGUUAAAAGAGCCCUCGCAGGCCGCCCUCGACCACAUUGUCCAACAGCAGCGCAAGCAGAACAGUGGUUCAUCGACUCCGCCCUCUGCUGCCUAUCACGCCAGCCAGAAGCUUCCUCCUCAUGUGCCCAAGGUCAACUCCAAAUGGGACGGCGUCCCCGACUCAGUCAAGCAGAGACAUUCGCCAACAUCCAACCCGCCAAUAAAGGACAACAGAAUCAGCGUCUCAUCCAAGAGCUCCUUUGGCUCCCAUCUCAAAACCACUCAAUGGAAUGAUUCAAACCUUUCGGUCAUGACCGAUGGCACACGUAACCCGCCAAACUCCAUUGCUUCGGUCUCCGUCUCCAAUCUGCCUCGUCACGAGACAGCCAUGGGCCUUGGAUCUUCGCCUUCCACUGCUACAUUUCCCAACGCCGUUCCCUACUUCGCAGAUGAUCCACUCACGCCAACUUCGUUACACUCACCGCCUUUCAGCACACAAAUGGCCGAUCGAUCCAAUCUUCAGCCAACGACAAACAAGGCUUUAGAUUCGCCUUCGGGUGGCCGUCCGAGCAUGGACGGAUCCAUUCACUCGCGACCACACUCUCCUGCCUCUUCCACGACAUCAGCAGAUACCAUCACAAUGGAUACGGCAGAUACCAUCUUCAGAAAAAUGAAUGACCGUCCAAGUCAAGGAAGCUUGGGUAGAGAAGCGCCUAUCGCCGAACUACAGCAUCGAUCCAAAUCAGACAUGGUGCCGGAAUCCCACGAUUUUCUCUUUCAGCCACAGCCACAGCCACAGCCCGCCAUCAACACGCGAAACAUCGAUCUUUCCGGGGCAUACAGUCGUUCCUCGGACGAAUUCAUCCCUCCGUAUUCCCCUGUGCGGCCUGUCCAGAAUUUCAGUCGACCCACUGCCCCCAUAGCCCCCACGGGCCCGCCACCGGUUCAGCGCAGUACCUUCAUGGCACCUUACAGGAGAACACCUCAGGCGCCUGCACUACCCACCUUGUAUGAAUCUUCAUUAGCCAGCACCGAUGAAUCUGAAGAUGACGAUGACAAUGGUGAUACUCGUUCGAUUGCGCCCUCUACCAUUGCUCCUUCCGAACUCUCCCUCCACUGGUACGAGUCUCCUCGUGAGCGCCUCGGACUAGGUAGACGUCUUCAAAUCAACGACGUCUUGCCCUGGGACGAGCAGAGAGGCGGAAAAGGUAAGCCUAAGAAAAGUCGGCUGUUGGCGUUUGGAAGAAGCUCCUCCAAAUGA